AUGUACGAUGGCCUUUUGAGACUUGAGAUUCCAGCAUGUGUGAAACUAGUAGCAUAUGCAGACGAUGUUGCCAUAGUAGUUGUCUCCAAACGAAUUGAUAAGAUCGUAAGUCUAUUUGAUAUAACAUUUAGAAAAAUUAAUCGCUGGAUUGGAACAAUGAACCUCCAAUUAGCACAACAAAAAGGUGAAGCUGUUCUUAUCACGAGUAGAAAAAUAAUAGAGACCAUCAAGCUGAAGAUAGGAAACCUAGAGAUUACGUCAAAACCUCACAUCUGUUACCUUGGCGUAGUGCUCGAUGCUCGUUUGAAAUUCAAUCAACAGAUGGAAAACGUUAGUGGUAAUGCGUCAAUAGUUAGGACGAGACUUGCUCGACUGAUGCUUAAUGUUGGAGGCUCUAAACAAAUCAGAAGGAUAUUACUAUCGUCAGUGGUUACUUCGACUGUCUACUUAGCUGGUGCGGAUAUUCCUAAUAAAUCAAAGAAGACAUGGGGUCAGCGACUAAAAUUGACAAAGGGUGAUUCUGGAAAAUCAUCCGCAGAUCCCAUAUAUGGAACUGUUACAGGUAUGAGCGCCCUUUCACGCUCCAUGAAAUACGCGGAGACAUGGUUGUAUGGAACAGUGAGAGGCGCUCCGGUUCCUCCACCCGUUCCUGCUUUUCCUGAAUUGGCUGUGCUUGUUUGUUCAUGUCCGGAUUAUCUUACCGGAACAAAACGAAUGCUAAAAAAACCAUCAACAUGCAAAAAAUGCAAAGGUUCACGCUUGCCAAUAGGUGGCACCGUGAGGGCUCCACCUCCACCAAAUAUGGUUAUGGCUGGAACUAUUCGAGGAGGUACUCAGAGACCAGUCGUUAAGGUACGACCUACUAUAUUGAAUCUUCAUUCUCCAUCUGAUCCAUAUGAUUUUAUGAGGCGGUCGAGGUUGGUCUCACCAGAAGCAAAAGAAAUUGCUUCACGAAGUAGAGCUAAAAGCACGUCACCUUCUCGAGGUCGCCCCGAAGAGCGAAAAAGUUUAGAACGUGAUCGCAGCAGAAGUGCAAGUCGAACAAGAGACUGCUUCAGUGUUCCACAAGAACCAAUAGAGAGAAGAUCUAUAUUAGAAUGUAAUGUGAAUCCAUAUGAUUUGCUUGACGAGAAUAAAUCAGAAAAUGAAUCAUUGCAAAAUGAAGUUUUCGAUGAAGUCACCGGCGAAAUGAGAUAUAGAAAAGCUUGUUCAAGUAGUAUUCGUAAUAUGAGAACUAGAUCAUUAAUUGAACCCGAUACAAAUAUUAUGGUAGAUAGAGAAAAGGUUGAAAUGCGAAAUAAAAAAACUAAAUCAAAUUUAGAUAUAAGUAAAUCUUAUAGUGUGAAUAAGAAAUCAAAUGAAGAUAUAGAAGCCAAAAAAAUAUUAAAAAUAACAGGGCAGAUGCCAACACGUCCGCCACGCCGCUUAAAAAUUGAUAGUUCUGAUGAGACUGAUACUGAUUCAUUCGAUCGAUUAGAAAACUUGCUUGUGCAGCGAUGUGAUACGACUUUAUUAGAAAGAGUAUCGAACGCGUCGCAAAAUAUUUCUCCAGAACAGGAAUUACAGCAAGCAAUCAAAUCGAUAUUGAAGAAACCACGAGAAGGAAGUAUAUAUGGGGAUACAGAUUCAAGCACCGUAAGUUCGCCAAUAUUAAGCGUUGCAUCUGAUCAUGAUAAUAUAUCGCCUAUUGCAACAAAACAGUCUCCCUCUGAAAGAAAAGGUUCUUCUUCCCACUUUUACUUACCAACUCCUCAGUCGGCACCAGUUUCGAAAACAUCUCGGAAGAAAGUACAGUUUUCGGUCGAAAAUGAAACGCAUGCUGAAGAUAAUAUGGCGCUUGUUUCUGAAAGCACAUUAAAAGAACCAGCAAUUGCGGACAACGUUGUUACAGAGAGUGAGGACAUAAACUCUAUCAGCAUUGAUAAAGAAAAAGAUGACAAAGCAUCAAAUUUGGAUGCUGUGGGUUCCUGCCAAGAGGAUGCUGUCGCGCUGAUGUCAGAUUUUUCAACAAGAGCAUCUACAUUGCGUAGAAGUCUGAGCGAUCGCCAAGAACGACAAAUAGAAACAUCAACAGCCAGUACACCACUAUUUUUAGAUACCACCGCCCUGAGAAUCAAAACUAAUAGAUCAGAUGCCCGAGUGAUAUUUUCUUGUUCCGAAGGUUCAGAAGAUACGACUGCUGAAUCUAGACCAAAAGUUGCACCUCCUCCUCCACCAACUGAUACUUCCACCCUUCCAUCUAUUCGAAAUCAGGAAAAUGAAAAUAAAUUAAAUAUUGUCACAAGUGACGUUAGCAAUAGUAUGAAAAAUAUAGUACAAAAGUUUUAUGACUCAGAAAAACCUUAUUUACCUCCGAGACAAAAAUACCCAUUCGUACGAAAAAAAUCAGAAGAAUUAGAAUUAUCUACCAACGAUAGCUCCCAAAAUGUUCCUAGUGAUAUCCAUUUGAUUACAUCGACCGAAUCAUCAAGAACACCUAGAAAAACAAGCAAAAACAUUAAAGUAGAUGUUUUGAAAACAGAAAUGGACAUCGAAGGUCUCAAGAGCACAGUGCAAAUUUCUCCGAAUAUUCUAAACUCCUCAGAAGUUCACAGGCUACAAGUUAAACACGAUACUAACGAGAAUGAUCUGCAUACUAUGGGUCAAAAGAAAACUUCCAUAAUGAUAAAUGGCGAUGAUUGCUACUCAACUGUUAACGUUAAUGACGACAUGCCUAUUUAUCAGUCAUCGGUUGUUGUUAAUGACUAUCAGCCUGGAAUAUCAAACAUUUCGGGUAAUACCGUAACUAUAAGUGUAGGUUCUUCUUUAAUUAUCGACCACAAUACAACUUAUUUCAACAAUAAGAACUCAAACUAUAAAAGUGGAAGAUCAGUCGUGCCUGUGAAUGCAAAUACACGAGAAGUGCCAGCUUACGCAUCAACUCCAAUUGUAAUGUCUAGUCCCAAAUGUGGAUCUACAUUAGUAAGCUUAGAUUAUGGUCCAUCGUCAACAAUAUGCUCACAAGUAACAUUUGCAGAAAUACAAAAACAACGCAGAGAAGAAAUAAAUGCAAACAAUAGCAAUUCGCUAAGUAACAACGAAAAAUCCAUUAAUGAAAAUCAAAUUAUAAAUACAUGCUCAAAUAAUAAUAAUGUGAUAAAAGAACAUAAUAUUGAUAAUGUGAUGAAGGAUCCCGUUGAAGCUACCAGAAGAAAUCUUGUCCCACAUGUCUGUGGAAAAAUCGAAGAAACAGAUGUGAUUCGGCGAACACGAACGGAAGAUGUUACGGAGAAAAAUAUUGAGGCAUUAGGUCGGAGCAGUUUUGUUAGUAAACUGCUUGAGGAUCCUGUAUUCGGCCAUUUAGCGGAAGGAUUAGAAAAUGAACUAGUCACAAAGUUGAUAGAAAACUCGCUAAUAAGACUUAAAGAAAAUCAAGAUAACAGCAAUAAGGAUGUGGGCAGUGAUGACAAACAUAUUUCUAAGUUAAUAGAUUCAACGCUGCAGACGUUCCAAAGUGAAAGAAAUGCCACACGCCAAGAUAAUGCUGAGGACGAACUUAACAGCAUAUCAUCUAUGAAUGACAGCAAUAGAAACAGUAUGAGUUCGACGGCUUACGAGAGCUUAGAAUAUGAUGCUGCCGGUUUGUCCGAUUGCUAUCAAAGUUCCGCCAGUGAAUUGACCGCAGAAGAUGAAAAUAGCAAUGCACGGAAUAAGUUCUAUCAAAUGUUAGUUGAUGCAACGCUAUCUGAAAUUGAAAUAUCUUCUAAUAAUGAUGAUGAUCAUCAUUACGAAAGUAUUAGGAUUCAUGCUGAUCCAAUUUAUGAAGAAAUUGGUGAAUUACCCCCACCUUUACCCCUGUCACCACCUCCAUGUACCAUAGAUGACGAUAUAGAAAAGAAAUAUCAAGGCAGAUCUAUUUUUGAGGGGGCAUCAAAAUAUGACAUAUUAUCAUAUUUGGUUGACGCUAAAGAACGAGGUGUUGUACAAGAAGAUUCUUACACUUACAAUUUUAAUAAUUCUGGUGAUAUAGUAAUAGAAGAACAAGAUGAAAAAAAAUCUAAUCAUAAAAGAUCGAGUUCAGAGUUAAGCAGCAGAGUAAGUCAACUAUCAAAUACAAGUGACUCUAGUGAAGAUAUAACGUUAAGUCAUGUACCAUCCAAUGCUAUUAGUGAUAAGUUGCAUUCAAGGAAAACCUCUGCAGAAAUAGAGCGAAACGAUUCAGGUGUCGGAUCAGAAACAAGUAAAUCAUCGAGGAGUAGGUGGCAAACCCAUCAUGUUAUUCCUGGAUCUGUUAUAGAUAAAACAGCGCCGAUACAUUUAUGCGAAGAUUGUGAUGGCCCUGUAGAAACUCAAGUAACCGAAUCCGGAGUUAUGUUUGCUCCAUUAGUUUGCAGAAAAUGUGGUAAAAAACGAGCCGAAAGAAAAGAAAUAAUAACUGAAAUUGUUGAAACUGAAGAAAAAUAUGGUAGAGAUUUGCAGAUAAUGUUAGAAGAAUUUUAUCAACCAAUGCUAGUGGCAGGACUUCUAACAUCUGAGCAAUUAACAGCUAUAUUUUUAAAUACCGAAGAACUUUUAGAUAAUAACAGGGAACUAGCAGAGAGGCUACGAGAUUCACUAGAAAUUGCUAUAGAACAAGGUGAUGAAGAUCUGUUAACAGUUGACAUUGGAAAAAUAUUUGUUGAAGCUGCGCCUAUGCUUCACGCGUUUGAGAGUUAUUGUAUAAGGCAAGGUGCAGCGAGUUUGCUUCUAGCCAAUCUUGAAAAAGAUAAGGAGUUGCUGAGAAUAUUUUUGAGAGUAUCUCAAAUGGAAAACACAGUAUUGAGGCGAAUGAAUUUGAACUCAUUCCUCAUGGUACCAGUUCAACGUGUAACAAAAUACCCAUUACUAUUAGCCCGCCUGUACAAAGUGACUCCAGCUCAUCAAGAAAGUAGGGAAAUGUUAAAGCAAGCCCAGCAAAAAAUUGAAUUGCAUUUGAAUCACAUGAAUGCAGAAGCGAAAGACAUACCGACCAAACUUUGGCGUCGAAUAUCAACACCAAAUAAUGGAUCUAGGCGCAGCAGUUCUGAAAUAGAUAUGAUUAAUAUCAAGCUGAGGAAAAUGGCGGUUGAUGUCUUGGAAUGGAAUCACGACGAGGCCAGAUUUGCUAUGGAAGGAAAAUUGCUGUUCACUCAACCGACGGAUAAUAACUGGCGAAAAGGGAGAACCAUCAAGUUGACGCACAUAAAUGCUUUAUUAGUAACCAAUGGAAAGCCAAGUCAAAAUUAUCGAGGGGAUAGAUUAGAGAGUUCGCCUGUUCCAUCAGGGGCAACAUCACCGACUUUUCCGCGGCACACUGGUAUAAGAGAAGCAUCGCUGCUGCUUGUGAAGGAGAAAUGUGGCCGAUACACUUUGCUCAGAGAGCCUCUGUAUCUGGACAGAUGCGUUGUUUGCAGCGAACAAGAUUGGGAUGAUUAUUUUGAAGUACAAGAGAUAAUCAGCAAAGACACAUUCAUAUUUAAGGCCGAGGACGGUAUACGAACGAAGCAAUGGUAUACUCAACUUCAAUACCAUGCGCAAGGUAUGGGUCCAUGGAGAAAAAGGAGAAACGCCCUUGCGAAUAUAAUGAUCAAUGGAAUGAUGACCAGGACAUAAUAACCAUUGCCGUUAAAUGAAUUUUAAUUAUAGUUAAUAUAAUAUCAAUAAAUUUAAUACGAAAUAUAAUUUCGCGUACUAUAGUUAUACA